GCAACAUGGAGAAACACUGGGCUUUCAGGUGCUUAUAGGCGACUUACAGUAGCAGAAUUCUUGUGGUGCAAGCUUCAAGCUUUCAACAGAGAUGGACUCAGGAGAGAGUGGCACUCCAGCUUCAACAUGCCCGGACCUAUCUGCUCUGAAAACCCAGGAGGCCAUCUUAAAUAAGAGGAAAGCUGAAGACCUGUCGGAUCAGAACCCACUUCAGACAUGCAGGGACAUCUGUAAGACGGACGGCAGAAGCAGUGCUCGGUUUGGUGCGCUGAGCCAUCACUCGUUCUUCUCACGCCACAACCCCCAUCCACAGCGAGUCACACACAUUUCAGGCCUGAAUGGCAACCCAGUGUGCAUGGUGAAUGAUGACUGGUACGUUAACAGUCCUCUCUGCCCCCAUCCCCUCAUCGCUGGCCGGGUAAAAACGUCGCACAGGGGCCCCCUGCCAAUGCACCACUUUGGUUUCCACCUCCAGCAGCUUGGCUCAAAGGCAGGAGCAGCGCUUCUAUCGGACGCCUGGAAGGAGGAGCUGAAGGAUAUCACAGCCAAAGUCAGCAUGUCCACCCAGGCCCAGGACAGAAGAGAACAGCAGCGGGCAGACAGGACAGCGAGCGGGAGAAAGACCCAGUACUCAGCCCAGACGGGCCGCAUCCUCCCCCCUCCCACCAGGUCCAUGGGCCGCUACAGCACCACCACUUCCCUCCACCGGAGGACCUCCACUUGUGCUCCUGCACCUAUGCAGCCUUUCCAGGACCAGGAGCUCAUGGUCCUGGAGCUGCUCUGUCAGAUCCUGCAGACGGACUCCCUUCACCUGCUGCAGCAGUGGCUCCUGUUCGCCAGACAGCAAGAGAAAGACCUGGUGAUGGGUCUGCUGCAGCAGGCGAUGGCCGACGCCUCGUUUCCUAGCCGACCGUACAUACCAGGCCAGAGUGGAGCCAGCGUGCCAAGAUCGUCUCUACCUCCCCAACGUCCACCUUCUCUGAGCCGCCAACCAACACAGCGCAGAAGGGCGCGUUUGUGUAAGACUCUGGAGUUGGCAGAAGACACACCAGAGAGGAUCGGAGAGGCUGAAGUCCUGCAGAUCCACACAGCGGAAUGUGCUGCCACAGAGCCCUCCCUCACUGAAGCUAAACCUCAGCAGUGCUGACAUAUAGUCUGUAAUGACAAUAUCUAGUGGUAGUGUAGCAGAUAUGGUGUCUUAUUCAAUAAUCAGGACUGUUUUUAUUUUUGAAAGACUGUAUGUACUAAAAUAUAUAACUUUACAGUUUUGGUUAGGGGGUCAUAUGAUGUUAAAGCCCUUUGAAAACAUUUACAUGGAUUCAUUUAGCAGACGCUUUUAUCCAAAGCAACUUACAAAAAGAGGAAUAACAUUCAAGCUACAUUGCAAAGGAGUCUCUGAAGAGUUGGGUCUCCAUGAGCUUCUUGAAGAUAGAGAGGGAUACCCUUAGCCUGACGAGCCAUACCCACAUCAAGAUGUAGGGUCUGGGAACUGUCCAUUGGCACUGCUCAAUCCGAGAGACGGG